UCAGCUGGUUCGCCAACAGUGACGCAUGAAGAGGAAAUUGAAAUAGAAAGAAAGCAAAGCAAAGAAAGAUGUCGUGUAUGUGGUCGGUCCCGCAAGAAGACCUCUCCUGUCCGGUCUGCCGGGGCAUUUUUAAAGACCCCGUCCUGCUUCCAUGUAGUCACAGCAUCUGUAAGUGCUGUGUGUUCUCCUGGUGGAGGGCCAAAGGAGCCCGGGAGUGUCCCUGCUGCCGGACCGUGUCUUCAUCCAACUCGCCGCCACGGAAUUUGGUGCUCAAGAACUUCUGCGACGCUUUCCUACUGGAGGUACAAUGUGGACUUGUGUGCCGUCUGCACUACGAGAAGUUCAAGCUGUACUGCCUGGACGACCAGAUACCCGUUUGUGUUGUGUGUCGAGACUCCAAACAGCACAGAGGCCACACUUUUAUCCCUGCUGACGAAGCUGCAGAAACCUACAGAGCUGACCUGGGGGAAUUCCUGAAUCCCUUAAAGGAGAAACUGAAAGUCUUCAACAAAGCGAAAGGUAACUGGGAAAAAACAGAUGAGGACAUUAAGAAUCAAACUCUGGAAACAGAAAUGAAGAUACGAGAGGAGUUUAGGCUGCUGCAGGAGUUUUUGCACACAGAGGAAGAGAUGAGGAUUGCGGCACUGAAAGAUGAAGAGGAGUGUAAAAGAAAGAUGAUGAAGGACAAGAUCGCAGGUUUGACCGGGGAAAUAAACGCCCUGGAAAGUACCAUCAAAACCAUAGAAAGCGGGCUGAGGGAGGAGGGUGCGUCUUUCUUGUUAAAAGCUGAUGCUUUAAAGAAGGAAGCUCAGCGGCCUCUGCCUGAGCUGAAGGAGGUGACAGGAGCCCUCAUCAAUGUGGCCAAACACCUGGGAAACAUGAGCUUCAACGUCUGGCACAAAAUGAAGCAUUUAGUGUCGUACAGUCCUGUAAUCCUGAACCCCAACACUGCCCAUGAAGAGCUCCACCUGUCUGACAGUUUAACUAGUGUGAGAUGUGGACUGACAGUGCCCCGUCCUGCAGCCCCAGAGAGGAUGGAGAUGCACCGCAGUGUCCUUGGCUCUCAGGGCUUCAUCUCUGGGAUUCACGAGUGGACCGUGGAGGUGGCGGAUAAUCCAGUGUGGGCUCUGGGCGUGAUAGCACAGGAUGCCAAGAAGAGGGAAAACAUAACAUCUGGGUUAUGGAUGCUGAGGUUCGGUAAUGGUACGUUCACAGCUUUUUCCCCAUCACGUCCAGCCUCCGUCAUCCCGCUGAAGGGCAGGCCCCGGAGGGUCAGAGUGCAGCUGGACUUUCGCCAAGGGAAGCUGUCCUUCUCCGAUCCAGACACUGACACAGUCAUACACACCUUCACUCACAAAUUCACCAACAAACUGUUUCCGUACAUCAACACGUGGAAAGAUCGCCCACUGAAGAUUUCAACCUUGCAACCCUCUGUAACACUGGAGAAGUGCUGGUGACUUAUAAUGCAGGGUUUGUCCUGCAUAGGGCAAAGAGGUCUGAUCUAAUAUCAAAGGAAAAUCAUAAAUACUAAAAUGAUAAGAAUUUGAUUUAAAAAAUAGCUAUAAAUGUUUUUACACAGUUCUGUUGAUUGUGUCAUUCAUUCAAGUAUAAUAGAUGUUUUUGAUCGUCAAAUGGUCAAAGAACGGGGAAAUGCAUAGAUUAAAGUAACACACAGUCAAUGUCUUGACUGUAAGCAGAUCAUGUUCACUGUCAGGUUCAUUUUGAGCCAGAAAAGCCUUGCAAGUAAAACAGGAAUUCAGUGAUAACCACGGGUGUCUUCAAUCGAUGUAUUGAUAAAGUCAGUCUCCGUUUGCUCAUUAGAAACGCAAAUGGGGAUCUUGGGGACCAAAGGGUAGUAGAAGAUUUCUCAGUUGUAUUUAGUUGCUUCCUUUUGUCAUUGUUAAUGUAUUUUUAUGAUUCUUUAUUUUGCACAAGAUACCAUCAGUUUGUAUAAUACUAUAGGGAUAAGGUUUUAAUAGGAUUUUGAUAAGGUUUUGAAAAGAGGAUUUGUUUUUCUUUCUUUCAAAUGUCAAAUGUUUUUGGUUUGUUAAGAAAUUAGUUAUAUGCUGUCCAAACACUUGAAAUGUUCUUCGUUGCUGAGUUAUAGUGCCUUAUUAUAGUUGUUUUCAUUUCUAUAUGCAUACCUUUAAAUGGAUCAGCUUGCAAUAAAUUUAUUGGGUUUAUAUUGGCAUAUCUGAAAAAACAAUAAAGUGUAGUGAAAAAUAAUGAAAGAUA